GAUUUUGAUGAUUUUUUAUUUUUUUAUUUUUUGGUUUAGGAAUCGAAUCGAUCGAUCAUCAAGUUUGAUUAUUCACCAAAAAGAAUUUCGAAAAAAAAGAUGAUGAUGAUGAGUAAUGAUAGUGUUGAAGGAAAGAUUAAUGAAAACUUAAAGAAAGAAGCAGCAUUAUCAUCAUCAGAAAGAAAAUUUAAAAUCGAAAUUCAAACUUCAAAUUCCAAUCAGUCAACACUACUACUCAACAAGAAAUAUCAACUAUCAAACAACCAAUCACCUUCUUCAACUUCAAAAUAUUCAAAACCAACUUCAACUUCCACUUCAGAUACAAACUCAAGUUCAGGUUCAAGUAUCACUUCACCCAUUCAAAUUAGAAAAUUACAAUCUCAUUCAACUCUAACUCAAUCUCCUACUUCUUCUCCUUCUUCUUCCCUAACUUUACCGCUACCUUCACCUUCUUCUCCUCAUUCUCCUGGUUUCUUUUCAAAAUCAACUUCUAGAGCUAAACGUUUAUCUUCCUUAGUGCUUUCUUCUACUACUUCAACUUCAAAUAGAUCUCAAUCUAUUUCUAUUUCAAAUCCUACUAUCAUCAAUACUACUAAUACUAAUCUGAUGCAUUUAUCUGAUUUAAAUCAACUUCAUCAACCACCACCUCCACCACCAAUACCAGUACCACCUAUCAAUACUUCAUCACCACUCGAUCCAUCAAGACCUUCAAUCAGUAAUGCAACCAUCAUCCCUUCAUCAUCUCAAUCAUUCUCAUCAGCUUCAAGUUUACCACCAAACCAUUCAUCGAACCCGAACCAACCAGGAUUGGUUCCUAUCGAUUUUGACGAAGGAGUUUUAAGAACCUUGUGUAAUUUAGAAUGUGGAUUACCAUUGAUCUUAGACCGCUUAAAACAAGCGAUCGGAUCAGCAAGAGAGGUGUCAAGUUUUUUAAAGAAAAAAUCACAAUUAGAAGAAGAGUAUGGACAAAAGUUAAGUAGGUUAUCUAGAUCGACCUUGGAGAUUUAUAAUCAUUCGGGUGGAGAAGUCAAAUCAGGUAGUUUUUCCAAUCAGUUUCGAAACUUUUUGUUUGUACAUGAAAAGAUUGGAUUAGAACGAAUCGAACAUUCAAUAAAGGUAGCAAACGUAUCGGAUGAAUUAUUAAAUGUAUCAAAAGAAGUCGAAAGGGUUCGAAAAUCGAAUAAAGAUAUCGGAUUUAGGUUAGAGAAAUCUGUGACGGAAGCUGAGGCGGCAGCUGAGAAGGCUAAGUUGAAGUUUGAGUUAACGGCUGAAGAGUUGGAAAAGAUGUUGAUUGCGAAGAAUGGAGGUGGGAAUGAGAUGAUGGGAUCUCAUCAUCCUUCAGGUCAUUCGGGAAGUGGUUCAGGUGGUGGGGGUAGUGGAGGUGGUCAAUUGAUGACCAAAGCGAUUUCUAAACUAACAACGAAAUCGGUCAAAUCAGCUGGUCAGUUGGCUAAGAUGGAAGAAGAAGCGAGGGCGAAAAUGUCAAAUGUCUCGGAUCUUUAUAGAGCUCAAAUCUUGGCGACUCAACAAGUUCGUCAAGAGUAUUUUAAUUUACAAUUACCUAGGAUCUUAAGAACACUUAAAGAACAUUCAGAUGAAAUCGAUUUAGGAAUCCAAUAUUAUUUAACCAACUAUGUUACUCAAACCGAAUCCAUAGUUUUAAAUGAAGCAUUAUCGAUUUCAAGUUUACCAACUGCAUCAGAUCAAGAACCAGCCCAUCAAUCCUUAUCAUUCCAAAUCAAAUCGAUCGAUAACCGAUCCGAUUUCAAAGACUACAUGGCCAACUAUGCAGCUCAUUUUAACCAAACCCAUCUAAGCUCGAUUCCGAACCUACCUAACCUUUCACACCAUCCGAAUCCGAAUCUAAACCAUCUACAACCGAUCAGUUCGACAGUUCCGAUGAUCGGUUCACCUAAAAGUUCCAUGGAAAUUGAUCAACAACAUCAGAAAUCUUUUGGAGUAGAUCUUGCACUUCAAUUAUCUAAACAAACUCAACAGAAUGGAUCUAAUGGGAAUAGUGUGCCUAGGAUCUUGGAAAGGUGUGUGAAGGCUAUUGAAAGAGCUGGUGGAUUGGAAUUAGUAGGGGUUUAUAGACUUUCGGGUACGACUUCUAAGAUUGCUAAAUUGAAAUCGAAACUUGAUUCAGAUGUUGAAGGUGUGGAUUUGAAUUUAAAGCUUGAAAAUGUUUCGGAAUUGAAUGAUUUAACUGGAGUAUUGAAACUUUGGUUAAGAGAAUUACCUGAACCUUUAUUGACUUGGAAUCUUUAUCCUGGGUUUAUUGAAGCUGGUCGCAUUGAGAAUGAUAGGUUAAGACAUAUUAGGUUACAUGAAAGAGUCAAUGAAUUACCUGAUCCUAAUUAUGCUACAUUGAAAUACUUAAUGGGACAUUUAGAUAAAGUAAGAAGAAACGAAUCGAUCAAUUCGAUGAGUUCAUCAAAUCUAGCUGUCAUCUUUGGUCCCACACUUUUAAGUCCACCUAAAUCAAGAUCUUCAAUUCCGAAUCAUUCGAAUCAAUUCCCUCAAGACUCAUUACCAAAUGAUUUGAUUGGAGUUAAUGGGAAUGGGAAUCCGAAUAAUAGUAAUGCUUUAUUAGAAAUGAGCGCUCAGUGUAGAGCGAUUGAAACGAUUUUAGUUCAUUAUAGAGAAAUUUUUGUUGAAGAAGAAGACGAGGAUCAAGAAGAAGAAGAAGAAGUGGAAGAAGAAGAGGUAGUGGAAGAUGGAUCAGGUGUUGGGAAGAUGAAGAUGAAUGGGGGAAGUUUGGAUCAGUCACAUGAUUUGACGAAUUAUCAGUUAAAGGAAAAACGUUCUGAUCUACCUAAUCAUCAUCAUCAUCAUCAUCAACAACAACAUUCUCAUCAGAUCUCGUUAUGAGGUUUUCUUUUCUUUUGUAUGAUCAGGUAUAAAGAAGUUUCUUGAUUAUGAUCAUUUAUUUAUUUACUAUAGGUUCUUUUGUUCUUUUUAUAAUAAAUGUUUUUUGUUUUUUUUGUUAUUUGGAUCUUUUUGGAUCUUUUUAAAUUUGCAACUUGUUUUUCUUUUCAAUCAAUGGACAAAGUUUUUUUUUGGU